UUGGCGGAUUAUUUUGGAAAAUUUUAUCGUCCUUGAGAACAAUUCGAAGUCACAAAAAUAAACAAUUCCCUGUUACUUUUGCGAGAGAUUUUUUCAGCCUAAGAUGUUCACGAAGAAGGGACUUGAAAAAUUAUGUCAUUAGGAUUAUUGCCUCUUUUUGGAUUGUUAAUUGCACAAAUUGUACUGAAGGCUUUUUUAUUUGCGAAGCGUUUUAUAAAGCCAAAGUUUUUGCUCUCUCUCGAGGAUUCCUUGAUUGAGUAUUGUGACAGGUGUUUAGAGAAUUUACGGAGUCAAAAGCUUCGGAGCAACAUGGAAUACACUUUUAGACCUUAUGAACUGCAAAAAGUCAACUAUCGCAAGCCAGAAGUGACAAAUUAUCCGAAACCGAGAUCAGGACAUCGGAUUGCCGCUUCAGAUAAGGCAAUUUACUUGUUUGGCGGAUUCAAUCCGAAUAUGGGAAAUUUAGAGGAGAACGAAUUAGGGAAUUGUAUGUUCAAGGAACUUUGGAGAUUCGAUUUGCUCUCGAAAACAUGGACUCUGAUACUUGGGGAAAAGAGUAAUUUGCCAGUUGAGCUUGCUUCUCAUGCGAUGUGUCUUUACGGAGAUUAUUUAAUGAUUUACGGCGGAACAGGAUAUCCCUUUGCUACAAAAGUCUCCAACAAAGUUCACGUUUGGCGUACAAAUGAUCCCACGAAAGAUGUCGAAGAGUUUGAGACCACGGGCGAAAAGCCUCCGCCUCAAUAUGGACAAGCGAUCAUCAUGCACAAGCAUUAUUUGUAUACCGUGGGCGGAACAGAUGGAUUUUCGUACACUUGUGACGUGCAUCGUCUAAAUUUGCUUACGAGGGAAUGGGAGCUGGCGUAUUUGUGUCGUCAGGACAUCAAUCAAGACGAUCCGGAGCCUCGUUAUCGUCACGAACUUGCCUACGAUGGGAAAUAUUUAUACGUGAUUGGCGGCGGAACAUCCGUAGCAACUUUUAGUUUGCGUCAAAUUCCCGCUUUUGACUUGGAUGCGAAUGUUUGGGUUAAAAUUACGACAAAACCCGAUCCGAAAAUGAAUCAAGGAUAUCCGACAUCGAGAAAAUGUCAUUCUUGUAGUCAGUACGGGAGUAAUAUUGUGAUAGCGGGAGGCAAUAAUAGUCGCAAGGCGUUCCGCGAUAUCUGGAAAUUGUCGUUGGAAACGGGACAAUGGACUUGCAUCAUGAGUGGCCAAAGUAUCUUUUAUUCGCCGUUGUUCUUCCACGAUUCGAGCAUCGAUAAUGACGGAUGCAUGUACAUUUUUGGCGGUAUUAAGCUGAGGAAUAAUACGAAUAUUCGAACGAGUGUACUGCAAAAAAUGUGGAUCACGAUUCCGUCGCUGAAGGCGAUUUGUUGGGAGGCAAUCAACUUUUAUUGUCCUCGACUGCGAGAAAUUGAUCGUGAUACCUUACUGCGUAUGGGAAUUCCCGUUGAAUUUGUCGCGAGGAUUACAUAAAUUAUUAUUGUAUCUUUCAGAAAUGCAAAAAAAAAAAAAUGAAAUCAAUUGAAGUCUUGAAAAAAAAAAUAUGUUUUU